AUCACUGAUGAUCGAACAGCGCGCUUCACGGUCCGCAAGUCGGGAACAAUAAAAUUUUGGCUGGGCUUUGAUUGUGCCCAGUUAAUAAUUAAUAAUUUACAAUUAUUAAAUUCCAAAAAAACGUGGGAACACCACAAUAAAUGUUACUUACCAUCUAAAACAGUGUAAAAAUAGUUUUAUCUGUCAUUUAACAUUCAGACUUUACCAUAAUUAAAUGAAUUGCCAAGACUUCUUGUAAUAUAAAAAUAAAGGCAUGUCGCGAAGGAAGUUGAUAGUGUGUGGAGUGGCGGGGACGGCGGGAGCGAUUUUCGGUUCAUGGGCCCUCUCCGCAGACGACAAACCGCAAUGGUACCAGCCAGCAACAGUAUCGGCGAAGACGGAGCGGCAGAGGAAGCGGCCUCUACCGCCGCGGUCUGAGCAGGUGAAGGCGCUGCAGGCGGGACACACUUACGACGUGCUCAUCAUAGGAGGCGGAGCUACGGGGGCUGGAUGUGCUCUUGAUUCUGUCACCAGAGGCUUGCGGACCGCCUGCGUCGAGGCUGACGACUUCGCCAGCGGCACAUCCAGUAGGAGCACAAAGCUGAUCCACGGCGGCGUCAGAUACCUGCAGAAGGCCAUCCUCCAUCUUGACUACGACCAGUACAAGAUGGUGAAGGAGGCGCUGCAUGAGCGAGCCAACAUGCUGGAGGUGGCCCCACAUCUCACCCGACCGCUGCCGAUAUUGUUACCUGUAUACAAAUGGUGGCAAGUCCCAUAUUACUGGUUCGGUAUCAAAAUGUACGACUUGGUAGCAGGCGACAGAAAUUUGAAGAGCUCAUACUAUUUGUCUAAAAAGAACACCUUGGAACUGUUCCCUAUGUUGAAAUCGGACAACCUCUGCGGUGGAAUUGUAUACUAUGAUGGACAACAGGACGAUGCACGUAUGAACCUGGCUAUCGCGCUGACGGCGGCGCGGCACGGCGCCACCAUCGCCAACCACGUCAAGGUGCUGCAGCUGCACAAGACCGCCGGCAAACUCAGCGGCGCCCGACUCAGGGACGAGAUGACAGGCAAGGAAUGGGACAUCAAGGCGAAGUGUAUCAUCAACGCCACUGGACCGUUCACAGACUCUAUCAGGAAGAUGGACGACUCCAGUAUCAAGGAGAUCUGCUGCCCAUCUUCCGGUGUACACAUUGUGUUGCCAGGAUACUACAGUCCAGAGCACAUGGGCCUGCUCGAUCCGUCAACGUCAGACGGCCGCGUCAUCUUCUUCCUGCCGUGGCUGAAGGGGACGAUCGCCGGCACCACGGACUUGCCCUGCGAAGUGACGCACAACCCCAAACCAACGGAGGACGAAAUUCUCUUCAUUCUCACCGAAGUCAAGAACUAUCUCAAUCCAGACGUCGAGGUGCGUCGCGGCGACGUGUUGUCCGCGUGGUCGGGUAUCAGGCCGCUGGUGUCGGACCCCAACAAGCCGGACACGCAGUCCCUGGCGCGCAACCACAUCGUGCACGUGUCCAACUCCGGCCUCGUCACCGUCGCCGGCGGCAAGUGGACGACGUACCGCGCGAUGGCCGCCGAGACUAUUGAUGCUGCUAUCGAGAGUGCGAAUCUCAAGCCUUUGUACAAGGAAUGUCAAACAGAUGGCUUCCUAAUAGAAGGCGCCCAUGGCUGGACCCCGACCAUGUAUAUCCGAUUGGUACAGGACUUUGGACUGGAAAUGGAGGCCGCUCAACACUUAGCGAAAUCAUACGGCGAUAGAGCGUUCGCUGUUGCCAAAAUGGCGUCCAUGACAGGCAAGAGGUGGCCAAUCAUCGGCAAGAAAAUACACCCCGAAUUCCCGUAUAUCGACGCUGAGAUCAGAUACGGCGUGCGCGAGUACGCGUGCACGGCUGUAGACAUGAUCGCGCGGCGGCUGCGGCUGGCGUUCCUCAACGUGCAGGCGGCGGCGGAGGCGCUGCCCGGCAUCGUCGACAUCAUGGCCGAGGAGCUCAAGUGGAGCGAUGCCGAGAAACAGAAACAAAUGAAACAAGCUGCGGACUUUUUGGCGAACGAAAUGGGACAGAUGGUGAACCGCGCGAGUCGCGACAAGAUCCCCAUCAACCUCAACAAGGACGAGAUCCAGACUUAUAUCAAACGGUUCCAGAUCAUCGACAAGGACAGGAAAGGAUUUGUCUCCAUCAACGACAUUAGAAGGAGUUUGAAGAACUACGGCGAGGAAGUGACCGGGGAACAGUUGCACGAGAUAUUGCGAGAGAUCGACACUAACAUGAAUGGGCAGGUCGAACUCGACGAAUAUCUGCAGAUGAUGUCGGCGAUCAAGUCUGGUCACGUGGCGUACUCGCGGUUCGCGCGUAUGGCCGAGAUGGAGGAAGCCCAUCACGAGAAGGAAUCCCUCAAAAAGCAGAUCACCGUCGAGAGGAGCGGUGGUGGACUGUAAUGCGCCUGCUUUGAAAUUCGAGAUUAUAUUUUAAGUGUAACGUCGAAACCCACAAGUAUUACUAACGAACUUAAUAUUAACGAUCAUUAGAUGUACGUAACAUGUUUAUUGUAGAUACCUUAUUUUUCAACCUUUUACACUAUUUACAUUUUACUGUGCAUUGUACAAUGCCAUCUUUUGGCCA